UGCUCCUGCUGCUACAGCUCCUGUUUUCGCGAAAGUCGUAUAACGUCGUGCUGCUGGGCGGUUCCUUCGCCAGUACGAUUCCACUGUUUGAAUUAGCCGCCUAGGGAGGGAGUGUUUCGCGGUCUAGUCUAGGGCGACUAGUAUUAUAGAGAGCGCAUCCUCAACGAAAUGCAGAUUUGUUCGGCAUUUGGCUCGCACUGGGGACGAGCGUUCUAUGAUGGCGAUUACUGAAUACUACUAUCGUAGCACUACCCACGGCGUACAGCUGACAGCAAAGUAACGCGUAAACUGUACGGGCUGAUGGGAAUGGGUCGCGAGCAGGGCAAUGAGCAGGAGCUGAUUCUAGGGUUAGGCAUCAGUCACGCGGGAAAUGUGCUUCUAUCGCAUGGCUCUAGUUCUUUAGCGGGUGACUUCAACGAGGUGCUUCGUAAAGCCGUCGCCGAGGUUCCGCCGCAUGUGCAAUGGUUCUCCGUCAGCCACGACCAGCGCAUGAUGGUGCACCUCAUCCACCGGGGGACCCCCUCCGCCUGUGGCGGUACAAGCGGGCUCGCGGCGCCACCAUCGUGACUGCCGCGGCGCACGAGUGCGCGGGUCGGCGGGAAAUCAGGCGCGUCUUGCAGGCCUCCUGGACGAGUGCUCCCCGCUGCUGGCGGAAUGCCACGCGCUCCAGGCGGUGCCGGCGGCGGAGACAUCUGGGGGGACAGCGGGGGAGGCAGCGGGGGAGGCGGCGGCGGAUGCGCAGGGGCAGGCAGCGGUGCAGGAGGGAAGGCGGAAGGAAGCGGAACGGGACCAUGCGCGGCAGCGACGGGCGCGGCAGAGCCCAUCUCCCUGGCGCCGCAGCAGAAGCAGCAGCUAGAGCAGCGGCUCCGGUCCUUAAUCGCCUCGCACAAGGGCGUCGUCCCCCCUCGCCCGGUCCUCAUGCUCCACCCCGGCGCGCCCAAGCGCUUCCUCACGCGGGAAGCGGAGCCCCCCUGGAAAGGCGGUGCAGCGGGGGCGCGGGGAGGGGAGGAGGAGGGGGAAGAGCGGCGGGUGCUGGCGUGCGGACGCACGCGGCUGCAGAAAGAGCUGGAGGAACUAGAGGAAAUCGAGGCAGACGAUAACGAGGAUGACGACGCAUUCGUGGUGGCAGGAGCUAGGGGUAAGGGAGAGGGGGCGGAUGAGGACGCGUUUGCAUUCAAUGUGCCCCCGAAACCUGCUCAAACUUCGAUAGCAAACCUGGGCAACCAACAAGGUCUAGCAGCAGCGGAGGAAGGUGCAGCAGCAGCAGCAGCAGCAGCAGCACAGCCACCUGCUAUUGGCAACGCAGAAGACUCCUCACAGCCGCCACAAAAGCAGGAGCAGCGGCAGCAGCAGGUGGAGCGACAGCAGCCCGCACUGCCAGGUGGGCAACAAGCUUCAGCAGCAGGCGGGUCAGGGUGGAGGAGCCCCAUCGCCUCGGCUGAUUUCUCCUGGGCUGCACGCGUGGCACCUGCCUGGGCAGUCGCUCUUCCCCCUCCCGUCGAUCCCGCCCCUCCCAGUCUCCCUGCUGCUGGCGCUAACUCUCCUGGGCCCGGGCCGGCCAACCCGAGUGGGCUAUUCCAGUCGGGCAUCAACGUGAUAUACGAGUCCGCGGUGGCCUUUUCCACGGAGUACACCAACACGAUGCGCACACUCACGCACACCACCAGCGCCACCAGCGCCAACUGGUCGACACAGUUCUCAAACAUGGUCACUGCUGCUGCUGUGGCUGCCGGUACGCUUGCCAGCGGCCCUACGGUUUCAGGCGAUGUGUCAGGCACUGCUGGUGGCACUGCUGGUGGCACUGCUGCUGGUACUGGCUUGCCGCCAGUACAGGGCAGGCCUCGUGACGGGAACGCUGGCUUACCGCCAGUACAGGGCAGGCCUCGAGACGGUAAGGUGCGGGGGCGGGUUGGUGAUGUGGCGCCGUCAGGGCUGACAUGGGAGGAGGAGAUCGCGUCCCAGCUGGCAUCGGUGGGCGUGGCGGUGUCAUCUUGGGAACCAGGGGAAGAGACAAGGGGCGAGAGGGGAGGUGGAGGGGGGGAAGGAGGAGAGGGGCAACAAGCCCCGGUGACUGGAACCGGCUCCUCGUUCGGGGCAGCUAAGGCAGGAGCAGAAGCAGCAGCAGCAGCAGCACAGACUGGAGCAACAGCAGGGGCAGUGGCAAUAACAGCAGCAGCAGCAGCAGCAGGAGCUGACAGGGGGGACGCGGCCCCUCCAGCAGCAAGGGGUGCUGGCGGCAGGGGGAGAGCUCAGAGCAUGGCGGGGCUGGUGGGGGGAGGGAGGGCAGCCGCGGGGGCAGGAGGCAAAGGAGCAGAGGGAGGGGCAGGAGGGUGGGGCGGCCUAGGCAUAAAUGUGCGGGGGGGUAAUGCCGGGCACCACCAACACCACCACCAUAGAGCUGCAUCGGUUGCGGCGCCCACACCGCCCUCGCCAGGGGGUGGAAGCAAGGCUGGGGGAUUUGGCUUUGGUAGUUUCUUCUCCAAGGGCUGGAGAAGGGCGUUCAACCUGGAAUGACAGUGUGUGUACAUGUUCUCCAGCAGACAGUGGAGUGCGGUGAGGUGACCGAUAGCCAUGGUAUCCUUUGUAAUCGAGUGGGCUUGUUUGCUGGCCAUGUUACCAUGUGCAGAUUGUAACCAUAUCUCGUUGGUUGACUUUUUGCGUGCUCCAGCCUGCUUGUUACAACCAGUGCUGGUCCUGUCAGCCUGUCUUCAUAUUGAGAUGACGGCGAUACCCUACUACUGUGAUGCCUUUCUCCAUGCUCCCAUCCUCCCCUCCCACUCACACCACCUGAGGACGAUGGAUGGUUAUUCACA